AUGAUUUGGUAUGUGGCCACUUUGAUAGCAAGUGUAUUCAGCACCCGAGGAACGGCCGCUCAAGGUGCCCACGGAGUGCGAGAGGAGCCCCAGUUUGUGACGGCACGUGCAGGAGAGAACGUCAUCCUGGGAUGCGACGUGUCCCACCCCCUGAACGGCCAGCCCUAUGUGGUGGAGUGGUUCAAGUAUGGAAUGCCCAUCCCCUUCUUCAUCAAUUUUCGUUUCUACCCUCCUCACGUGGACCCAGAAUAUGCUGGCCGUGCCACACUGCAUGGCAAGUCCUCCCUGCGGAUAGAGAAUGUGCGUUCAGACGACCAGGGCUGGUACGAGUGUAAGGUGCUGAUGCUGGAGCAGCAGUAUGACACCUUCCACAACGGCAGCUGGGUGCAUCUAACCGUCAAUGCUCCCCCCACAUUCACAGAUACGCCACCUCAGUACGUAGAAGCCAAGGAGGGCGGGAGCAUCACUUUGACCUGCACGGCCUUUGGCAACCCCAAGCCCUCAGUCAGCUGGCUGCGGGAGGGCACUCUCAUGGUCAGCAGUGCCAAGUAUAAGGUGUCUGAUGGAAGUUUGACGGUGCUAUCCAUCACUCGGGAGGAUCGAGGAGCCUACACAUGUCGAGCGUUCAGUCCCCAGGGAGAGGCCAUUCAUACCACACGGCUACUUGUCCAAGGCCCUCCAUUCAUUGUGUCACCGCCAGAGAACAUCACAGUGAACAUCUCGCAGGAUGCCUUCUUCACCUGCCAGGCAGAAGCCUACCCCCGCAACCUGACCUACACGUGGUUCUGGGAGGAGGACAACGUCUUCUUCAAGAAUGACUUAAAACGCAGAGUCAGUAUUCUCAUCGACGGCUCCCUCAUCAUCGCCCAAGUCAAGCCAGAGGAUAAUGGGAAAUACACCUGUGCACCGAGCAACAGCCUGGGCCGACCACCGACUGCCUCUGCUUACUUAACAGUGCAAUAUCCUGCCCGCGUGGUAAACAUGCCAUCCGUCAUCUAUGUUGCCAUUGGUUUGCCAGGCUUCAUCCGCUGUCCUGUAGAUGCCAAUCCCCCUGUAACUCUAGUUAAGUGGAAGAAAGAUGGCCUCCCUCUCCGGAUAGAUAAGUACCCUGGUUGGAGCCAAAUGGAGGAUGGUAGCAUCCGUGUGGCAGAGGUGACAGAGGACUCUCUCGGCACCUAUACCUGCAUGCCUUACAAUGCCCUGGGAUCCAUGGGAUGGUCCCCUCCUGCUCCCCUGGUGCUAAAGGACCCUCCCAAAUUCUCAGUGGUUCCUGGAGGGGAGUACAGGCAGGAGGCUGGGAGAGAGCUGGUUAUCCCCUGUGAGGCAGAGGGAGACCCCUUUCCCAACAUCACAUGGCGGAAGGUAGGGAAGCCCAGCAAAAGCAAGCACAAUGUUCUGCCCCGUGGCAGCUUACAGUUCAAGUCCCUCACAAAGGAGGACCACGGGGAGUGGGAGUGUGUCGCCACCAACGUUGCCACGAGCAUCACUGCCAGCACGCACGUCCAAGUCAUAGGCACAAGCCCCCACGCCCCCACCAGGGUCCACGUGGUGGCAUCCUCCACCUGGGCCAACGUGUCCUGGGUGGUGGGCUAUGAUGGAGGUUUCCCACAGACAUUCUCAGUCUGGUAUGGCCAUGUGAUGAAGAGGGAGCAUUUAGGUCCACAUGACUGGCUUUCCAUACCCGUGCCUGGAGGCCACGACUGGAUGCUGGUGCCUGGUUUGGAGCCAGAGACAACAUACCAGUUCAGCGUCCUGGCCCAAAACAAGCUCGGUACAGGACCCUUCAGCGAGGUUGUCACUGUGAACACACUAGUAUUUCCUAUAAGUACCCCUGAACCAUUGGUGCUGCUUACCCCACCACGGUGCCUCACAGCCAAUCGCACGCAGCAGGGAGUCCUGCUCACCUGGAUCCCGCCUGCCAACCACACAGCACCUAUCCAGCAUUAUGUCAUGGACUUUCGCCUGGGGGAGAGGUGGGAGGUCUUGGACGACAGCAUUACUGCUGGGGAGACGGAGUUGCUUGCCCGAGACCUCAUCCAGGAGGCGUGGUAUGAGUUCCGUGUCAUGGCCGUCAUGGAUAACAUGAUCAGCGAGCCCAGUAAUGUAGUGGGAGUGUCCAGCACAGACUUCUUCCCUCCUCCAGAGAUGGUGGAGGAGCGUGGACUGGCACGGCCUGUGGUGGCAGGCAUUGUGGCCACCAUAUGUUUCCUAGCAGCAGCUGUCCUGUUCAGUACAAUGGCCGCCUGCUUCGUCAACAAACAGCGCCGGCGGAAGCUCAAGAGGAAAAGAGACCCUCCCCUGUCCAUAACCCAUUGCAGAAAAAGUCUGGAAAUUCAGAGUCCAAUUAGCUUCAUUCCCAGCAUUGAGCCCUACUGGGAGGGGCUGGACGCAAGCAGGUACAGGCCCCAACCUUCCAGUCCUCAGUCGUCUUCAGGAAAGAUGAGCCCUGAGAGCCCUCACUCUAAGGCAUCCCUGUCAGAAUCAUCUGAGGAUAGUCAUGACCAGCGUGGGAAGAAACCACCCCCAAUUCCCGGGAAGAAGGAGGAAUUGUCUUUAUACAUGAAGACCAAAAGAGCAAUAACAAGCAAGAAGUACAGCAUGAAGCAUGAAGCUGAAGCAACAACACCCAUUGAACUCAUCAGUAGAGGCCCAGAUGGACGAUUCGUCAUUGAUCCCAAUGAUGCAGAAAUGUCUGUUAAGCCCAGGCGAAUUGAGGGCUUCCCUUUUGUGGAGGAAUCAGACCUCUAUCCUGAAUUCCGACAGUCAGAUGAAGAGAAUGACGAUCCCAGGCCUCUGCCACCAGUAAUGGCCCCCCUUCGGCCACAUCAGAUUUCCCCCAUCUCCAGUCAGGAAUCCUAUCUGCAACCUCCAGCCUACAGCCCUCGUUUCCACAGGCCCUUCGAAGGUAUGACCAUCAUGGAGAGCAGUCGACUCCAGGCCAGCGGGCAGAUCCGAGGCUCUCUCCAUCAUAGGGCUUUCUACGGCUAUCUCGGCCCUCCUGGGGAUCAUGAGCCCCCACCACCUUUUUACAUGCCUGAUACCAGCCCUCUCAGCUCUGUCAUGUCCUCCCCUCCAUAUCUUGCUGAAGGUCCCUUUGGUCACCCAAUGAUUCCUGAAGAAAUUGGGGAGGGUGAUUUCUCACAAUAUGCUGUGUCUGGUUUCCCACUUCCUCUGACACUCACCACUUCCUCUCGUUCACCGGAAAUUUGGCAGGGGCUGGAUUUCACCUUUGCAAGUCUGGAGGGACCCCAAUUCAUUUUUCCCCCUCAUCACCCUUUGCAACUCCGCCACGAUUCCCCGUACCCUCCUCCACCUCACGUUCUUCCCCUUAGUGCUUUCCAGCCUUCCUCCCUCCCAAUGCCCACUUACCCAGGCGCCCUCCCACUGGUGGCCCCAAGGAGCCACUCAAGAAAGUCUCCCAGUAGGGCCAAGCCUCGUGGCUCCCCAGCCAAGCAUUUAGCUAUGCAAGAGGCACAUUUAGGGCAGCUAAGACACACAAGCCACGGUAUGGGUGUGCCAGUUUUGCCUUACAUCGAUCCAAUGGCCCACAUUAUCCCGAGCACAUUCAGUAGCCUGGACACUCGAUGGUUUGAACCCACCCCUCGUUUUAGUCCCAGACAGGCUCGUAGGAUGGAUUCUGGCAUGCAUCAGGUGGUUCUCCAGCCCUCUCGACUCUCACCACUUACACAAAGCCCAUUUAGCUCUCAUGAGGGCUCCCCAGAGAUUGUAGUCCGUCCCAGGCCACGUCCCAACAUUGUCCAACCUCCCAUACCCCCAGUGAUGUCUGAGAUUACCCUCCUCCCUCCUUCCACAGCCAGCUUCUCAAGGAGAUCUUCCCCUUCCUCUUCACCUGCCCAAGGCCAGGGUAGCAGGAGGGCAAGCCCCAGCUACCGUUCUCACAUGGCCUUUGCCACCUCUGCAACCAGCUACCCACCUUCCCAGUCCCCGUCACCCCCUAUGGAAAGCAGCAACAUGUUUGGGCAGAUGCCAUCUCAUAGGAGGACUGAGGAGGAGAUUCUUCCAUCUGAGCCCUCUCCAUCCCAGUUGUCAGCUUCAGGAAAACGUCGAGGUGCACUGAGAGGCCUUUCGGGGUCUGAGAGGGUUGAUGCACUGAGAUACCAACGUAUUAGAAAGACUAAAAAGAUGACAAUGAACAACAAUAACUCCAAGAGCAGAAAAAAAGAAGGUGUCUCCACCUCUCAGACCCAGCAGGCCUACACCUCUCAGGUACUCCAGCCCGAAGAAGCUCUCUACCUCCGCAAGAAGAGGAAACGGCCCAUCUUCCAUGACCCAUACACUCGCUUUUCUGCUCUGCUGUACCGCCGCCCAACACGGGAGGACCAGAAGGCUAUUUUGGCUAGCAUGGACAACAUAGACCUAGACCAUGCCACUCUCCUCUGA